AUGGCAGAACGAUCUCACCUCAAGUCACUCCCUGUGAAGGUGCAGGCUGAGCUGCUAGAGAUGCAGGACAAGUGGUGGCAGACCGUCAACUGUGGACCCAACCACGCUUCACCAGAUUCCACUGCAGCCUGUAGUGGAUUCCUCCACGAGAUCAAGAAGGCGAUCCACCAGACCAGCUCCGGCAGAGCAUCAGGGAAGGACAGCAUACCUGCAGAGAUCUACGAAGCAGUAGGCCCCAACGCCCUCAAAGCCUUGUUCAAUGCUCUGCAGAGUGUCUGGGAUGAGGAGAAGAUGCGGGACGGCUUCCUUGACACCCUCAUAGUCUCCUUGUACAAGAGCAAAGGAAGCAGGGUGGACUGUGGCAACUACACUGGCAUCUCGCUCCUCUCCAUUGCCUGGAACAUCAUGGCACCAGUCAUCCUCAACAGACUGGGCACCAUCUCUGAGCGAACUCUCCCCCAAGCACAGUGCGGCUUUAGACACGCCAGAAGCACGGUGGACAUGAUAUUUGCUAUGUUCAUCAAAGUGAUAUGGCUCUUUCACGACGGCAUGACUGGUCAGGUCCUCACUAGUGGCGAAGCGACCAAGGAGUUUGCAAUCAGCAACAGGGCUGCGUCUUAG